AUGACAUCGCUCACGGUGCGAAAACAUGGAAUCAGCUUUGUGAAGAUCUGGACAGUUUGCUCUAUCGUUUACGUUACUGAGAGUUUACCAAAGAGCGAGUUUGGAAAACGAUCGAUCCAUUAUCUGUCACAUGAGAUUAGUGCAGAAGGUAUCCGGGCGACCCCAAAAGUUGCGAAGGGUGUUAUGGAUCUACCGUUCCCUAAAUCUCAUAAAGGUGUGCUAUCGUUUCUUGGAAGUCUGAACUAUAACCAUAAGUUCAUUGAAGACUUUCUGGUAGUGGCAGCAGUCCUCUAUGAACUUUCAGAAGACCAGAUACGUCAGGGACGAGACCUCUCGCGAGCUCAUGAGUCAUUCGAACUGCUUAAAAGGAAAUUCGUCGCGACGCCAAUGUUGAGACAUCCGGACAUCCAAAAGCCGUUUGUGAUCAUUCCACACGCGAACCGUUGGGCUGCUUGUGCAGUCGUAGGACAAGACUACGACGGAAAGAUACAACCUGUUCGGUACGGACGUGUUUUGAAUGAUGCUGAACUCCGGUAUCAUAUUGCCGAGAAUGAAGUGAUUGCUAUCCUGCGGGCGUUACAAGUUUUUCGGACUAUUCUGGAAGGCCGACAAUUGAUCAUCUACACAAGAUAUUCUGUUUUGAAAUGGGUGUUACAGUCUAAGUCGGCAGACGGGAGGUACGUUCCUUGGGGAGUCACACUCUCACAUUGGGAUAUCGAAAUCUGGAAAGUCCAAAAGGAUGGGGACGGACUGGUAGCCAUCAUGGGAGUAGGGAUCACGCCACGAGAACAUUUGGAUGAGGUCGUUGAGAAGUUGAUUCCCCUGAAAGGACAUGUUCGAAAGCCCCCAGUAGUGAGUGUGGAGAUGUUAGGAAGUGAUUUCCAAGGAGUCGUACUGAGUUUCGACGGUGCCGCAAAACUCUCCACCAAAAAAGGAAGCUGUGGUUGUGUGCUAUGGCAGCUACCUGGUUGGAAGGUUCUAAAGGCAAAAGGUUUCCUGUUGGAGAACGUCACGGUGAACGACGCCGAGUAUCAUGGGGUUAUCAAAGGACUCGAGAUGGCCAUUGAAAUGAAGUUGCAAGAUUUAGUCGCAGUCGGAGAUUCUCGAAUCGUUAUUCAACAGGUUCAAGGACUGAUCAACUGCAAUCAACCACACCUCCAGACGCAUCUUGCCAACGAAUACAAUCAGGCCGCCGAUUAUUUGACCACGAAGACUCUGAUUCGGGAUGAGUCAUGGGACGUUACGGAUACAGCCGAGAUCGCGCAUUUGGAGCACGUAUCAAAGAUUGUGGAGAAACUCAUGAAAGUGGAAGGCUCCGGGUUGAAAUCUGGAGUUGAUGCAACUUCUGGAGAAACAUUGUCAAGGGACGUCGCUGCACCGCCUACUGCGGAGUCAGCUCCACUAACCAAAUCAGCCCGCGUGCUCGCAGCCGUAACGCGUUCCAGAAGCCAAGUCGAAUCCACUUCGAGAAACCGACCUAUGGACCCUUUGGAAUUCCAAGCUGAACGAUGGCGACGUAUUCGAGUGCAUCAGGACGCGGAUGAGUAUCUGUCAGAAUUAAAAGACUUCCUGAAGGAGGAUUUCGAGAGGUUUUCACCCCGAAGACUGAGGAAGAUUGCCAAGGUCGCUGAUCUAUUCGUAUUAGACACCAGAGAUGUGUUGUAUCGACUAGCUCGCUCGACUCGCGAUCGCCCGCGAGACUUUCAGGAUGAACCUCGACUCGUCGUCCCAAAAGCCCUCAGGGAUGAUGUCUUGCAUUACGGUCACGAGGACUUCCAAGGAGGUCACCAAGGUAUCACCAGGACACAUAAGAAGAUAUGUUCGGAAUUCUAUUGGCCUGGGAUGUACGCGGACGUUGAACACUUCGUGAAGGAAUGGGUUGAUUGUGCAAGUGGAAAAGGAAACCCUCCAAAUGCCGGAUCAUCGCCCGGAAAUAUCGAACCCAGACAACCUUUCGAGGUGGUCUCGAUGGACUUCGUUACGCACAUGCCGAAGUCCGACCGAGGGAAUACGUUUUUGCUGCUAUUCCAAAAUAUGUUUUCCGGAUAUGUGAUGUGCAAACCGAUGGAUUCAACUACCGCUCACGAUGUCGCGGAGGCGUACGAGGAACGAGUAUUCCGGAACUUCGGAGCAAGUUCGAUGAUUCGGCAAGACCAAGAUCCCCGUUUCAUGAGCGAAUCGCCAGAGAGCCACUUUGGGAUACCGGCCUCAAGCGAACGAACAACAGGAGCGAUCCGUCCAACGGUGGUAAGGAGUAUUCGUGCCUAUAUCGAGCAGGCCGACCGGAGCGAUUGGCACGACCAUGCGGAAAGGUUGAUGUUUGCGCUAAAUACUUCGUUUGACGCGACACGUGUAGACACACCGUUCUACUUGAUUCAUGGUUGGGAUCCACAAAGUACUCUUAAAGCGAUGUUGGGUCCAACACCGUCAAGCGUACCCGAAAGAACUGCUUAUGAGUGGAGGCGAAAAGUUCAGAGAGACUAUAGCUACGCGAAAGCGUGUGCCGAGGUUUUGCAGAACAAAGCUCGACGACAUCGAUCUGAUCUCCAAACACAAAAGUGGAAGGAUUUAUCCGAACGGCUGAAGUCAGGAUUUCAGAAGGGGGCCGCUGUAUGGUUAUACAUUCCGAAGGUGCGGACUGGGCUAAAUAGGAAGUUGGCACAUCUAUGGCAUGGGCCCUUCCGAAUUGACCCCUUCCGAAUUGAUGAAGUGUUAGACGAUUUUAGAGUGAAACUGAAAGUUGACAGUACCGGUUACCGAGUCAAUCCAUGGGUUCAUAUCAGUCGCCUGAAGCCCAGAGCGUUGUUUCCCAAAAGACCGAUAAUCAGUGUGGAUGUAGAUGAAGAGGACGACUUCGAUGCUGCGUUACUCUAUAUCCAAAAGGAUGAAUACGAGGUUGAGAAGAUUUUGGAUCUCCGAUGGUCUAAAAAAACUCGAACCUCUAAAAGGCGUCGAGAGUACCUUGUCAAGUGGAAGGGUUAUAACGAUCCAGAAUGGCUCGCCGCAUCUCAACUGAAUUGUGAAGGUCUGCUUUAUGCGUUUAACCAAGGCGCACGUGCUCGAGCCCGGUUUCGAAGUAUGCAGGCCGGGAAUGAGAUGAUCACCCCCAAAAUUGACAUCUUGAAAGAUGAUUGUAAGGCGCUAUAUGUAUGCAGGAUAACAGAACUUGCUGCGAAGAUUAUCGGUGACCCAGCCCCUUAG